CCAAGUAUAAAGAAAUUCGCUCCCGUUUCUGGAUGGGAAGAAUCAAGUUCAUUUUCAACCUCAAGUUAAAUCAAUGGCUGCCACGGCGGCGCAAUCCUCCGUCAUCCGAGCAAUCCUACCACGAAAUGCGCCGGCGUCGAAAUCCUCUCCCGUCUCCCUCAGCACCCGGAGAAACCUACUAUUUCUAAUGACGGCGGCUCCGGCGCUGUCGAUGAAAGAAUCGAUUUCCAGAGCGCAGGACAUCCCGCUGUUCGGACUGAAGAGGAAGUUGAAGAAAGCGGAAGAGGAAGCGGAGCUGCUGGUGAAGGAAGGCUUCGAGACGGCGGAGAAGGGGCUCGAGACGGCCGAGAAAGGCAUAGAGUCGGUGGAGAGAGGGCUCGUGACGGCGGAGAAAGGAAUCGAGAGCGCAGAAAGAGGGGUCGAGGAAGCGGUGAGCUUCGGCGGACUCGCGCAGGCCGGUGCCGUCGUCGGAGCGGAGGCCAUCGCCGUUCUCGUGGCUACCUCCGUCGUCAACGGGAUUUUGGGGCCGGAAGCCUGAAAAUCUUGCCGAGCUGAAAUUGCUUCCCCUCAAUUGAUUUUUCCCCUGUAAUUUUUUUCCUUCUCUGUAGAUUAAGAUUUCGUUCGUGUUUGGCUUGGACCAAUAAUGAAAAAGGAGAAAUUCAUAAAUCGUCUACGACGAGAGCUGUAAGCCAUACACGUGGAAAAUCCAUUUUUAUUAAGUGGCGAAAAGCCAAACACGCCCUUAAUUCGCGAGUGAUUAAGCGCGGAAAGAUAAACCCUCUUCCUACAAAAGGGAAAAGAACUUUUUGUUUGUUUGUUUGGCACUGAAUAUUAUCUGCAAAAUGGCUCAUGUGGCCUCGAACUCCAUCCACACAUUCCGGCCACAUUUCCACACCGCCGAAUCCCCGCCGCCGCCGCCUAUCAGAGCCUUUUUCCGUUGCCGGGAUGAAUCCCGUAGACGCUUCCCCGUCGUAGCAUGCCAAACCAAACCCAACUCCCCGGCUGAGAGCUCCACCGUCGAGGAAAAGGAGCCUGCUAGUUUGGGGACGGACAGCGCCGCCGGCGAGACGACGAGUUCGUCUUCUGAUUCAGCUGGUCUCCCCGAAUUCCCGACAAGGAAUCUGAAUCGAAGGAUAGCAGUUGGUUCAGGGCUCUUCGGCGUCGGCCUUUUCGUUUCGGGGCGGCUGGAUUUUGGGGUUUCCCUGAAAGAUUUAUCCGCCGCUGCAUUGCCUUAUGAAGAGGCUCUAUCAAAUGGGAAGCCGACGGUGGUGGAGUUCUAUGCAGAUUGGUGCGAGGUUUGCAGAGAGUUAGCCCCAGAUGUGUACAAAGUCGAGCAGCAGUACAAAGGGCAAGUGAAUUUUGUGAUGCUGAAUGUGGACAACACGAAGUGGGAGCAAGAGCUGGAUGAGUUUGGAGUCGAGGGGAUCCCACAUUUCGCGUUCCUCGACAGAGAUGGGAACGAAGAAGGCAAUGUGGUUGGGAGGCUGCCGAGGCGGUACCUCAUGGACAAUGUCGAGGCGCUUGCUAAAGGGGAGGCAACCGUGCCCCAUGCUCGCGUGGUUGGGCAGUUCUCGAAAGCAGAAUCAAGGAAACCUCGCCCGGUUACUGAUCCUAGAAGCCAUGGUUGACUGGAUUGGAAGUGCAGUUUCUGCAUCUCCAUUUGAAAAAAAAAACAUGUUUGGUAAUUCACAGUUGACACUAUCGUUAACUUCCAUGUAUACCGAUGAAGCCAUAUGCUUUGAAUGAUGCCUACCUCAUGUGAACUUGAUUGUGAAUAUACAUUGCAGUUUACAGCGUUUGAAAUCGGCUUAUCAGUGGUUCCUUGCUGCGUUUUUUCUUUAAGGAAGACAGAGUCGAGGCUUGAAGCCUA